GUAUGAAUGCUGCUGUGAGGGCCACAGUCAGAAUGGGCAUCUACACUGGGGCCAAGGUCUACUUCGUUCAUGAGGGUUACCAGGGUCUGGUGGAUGGAGGUGACAACAUCAAACUUGCCACCUGGGAGAGUGUGUCUAUGAUGCUGCAUCUGGGUGGAACUGUGAUUGGCAGUGCCCGCUGUAUGGACUUCAAAGAGAAGUGGGGACGUCUGAAGGCCGCCUGCAACUUGGUCAAACUGGGCAUCACCAAUCUGUGUGUGAUCGGCGGUGAUGGCAGCUUGACUGGUGCUAACCAGUUCCGUACAGAGUGGAGCGAGCUGCUGGCUGACCUGACAAAAGGGGGUGAGAUACCUGG